CAAGCUCGGUAUCAUCGCUAAUACCAACAAUUCCAGAGAUUUUGGAAAUUCCCUCAAAUCAAGACCUUGGGUUUUUCUGCUGCCAGUGGUACAAGUAUCAGCUGUUGUUGUUGUAGAGAAGGAAGAAAUGGAGGCCGUAAGAGUGGGGAGGAUAAAGCUGGGUUCUCAGGGACUGGAGGUGUCGGCACAGGGCCUCGGCUGCAUGAGCAUGUCCGGCGGCGUCUAUGGCCCUCCCAAGCCCGAACAAGACAUGAUCGCUCUCAUCCGCCAUGCGGUCCACUCCGGCGUCAUCUUCCUCGACACCUCCGAUGUCUACGGCCCCUUCACCAACGAAAUCCUUCUCGGAAAGGCUUUGAAGGAAGGGGUGAGAGAGAGGGUGGAAUUGGCAACCAAGUUCGGAUUUAGCAAUGCGAAUGGGGAGAGGGAGAUCCGUGGCGAUCCAGCGUAUGUGAGAGCAGCCUGUGAGGCCAGCUUGAAGCGACUCGACUUGGAUUGCGUCGAUCUCUAUUACCAGCACCGCGUCGACACCCGCGUUCCCAUCGAAGUCACGAUUGGGGAACUAAAGAAACUAGUUGAAGAAGGCAAAAUAAAGUACAUUGGUCUAUCCGAGGCCUCUGCUUCGACCAUCAGAAGAGCGCAUGCGGUUCAUCCAAUAACAGCUGUGCAGCUUGAGUGGUCUUUGUGGUCUAGAGAUGUCGAGGAAGAAAUUAUUCCUACUUGCAGGGAACUGGGCAUUGGGAUUGUUGCAUACAGUCCUCUAGCACGAGGAUUCUUUUCGGUAGGGAUAAAGGCUGUUGAAAAUCUUUCCAACGAUGACUAUCGAAAGUUGCUGCCUAGGUACCAACCUGAAAAUAUGGAGCAUAACAAAACCAUAUUUGAGCGUGUUAAUGAAAUGGCAACGAGGAAGGGAUGCACCCCAUCGCAGCUAGCACUGGCCUGGGUCCAUCACCAAGGGAAUGACGUGUGUCCCAUUCCAGGAACCACCAAGGUUGAUAACUUCAACCAGAAUAUUGGAGCUCUGUCUGUCAAACUCACACCAGAAGAAAUGGCUGAACUUGAAUCAUUUGCUUCCCAAGAUGUUGUUAAGGGUGAUAGAAGUAGUUAUGAGAUACCGACUUGGAAGAAUUCUGAAACUCCAUCACUUUCUUCAUGGAAAGCUGCAUAAGCACAGACCUUUUGCUGUGUUCCAAUAACUUGAAUCCUCAUAGACUACUUUGUCAAUAUUAUAAUUGAAGCGUGUUGAGUUAUUGACUCUGCUCAGAAUAAGUUAUAGUCUGUUAGGAUGUUAUCAUGCCUGAUUUUAUGAAGAUCUGAACACAGACUUUGUUGAGAUGGCCUCAUUCUCUUCUAGGUAGCAGUGCUGCAACAAAUUCACCCUAUAAUGACUAUUUCUCCAGGCAACGUGCUUUUAGUUCCCUUUGGCGUGCCCGCCCAAGAGAGUGAAAGCCUUCUUCUCCAAAUCUGCUGAUUGGUAAAAGUAAGAUCUCACUGUGAAAUUGACCCUGCAAUCAAGUACUGGUGGUACUUUGGUCACCAUCACAAUUUUAUUUUCUAAAAUUUUCUUGUGCUGUAGUCGCAGAAUUCAAGUGUAUUAUGUGAUCAGUAGUAUGCAUUGUUCAUCA